CAGUUUCGUUUUAAACAAGGACGCACAGGAAAAAGUGGUUGAAUAACUGUUUAUAACGUGAACGUACAGCAUCAUCAUGCUUAGACUUUUUCGUAGUGUAAAACAAUACCUGCCAGCGAUUGCAAGGAGAGGGUAUUGUGAGGCAAAUACGGAGUUUACUGAAGGAGAAAAGAAGAUCAUAUCUAUACUCAAGUCAAAGUUCCCGUCAGCCAAAGUAGAGGCUCAGGAUAUAUCAGGUGGAUGUGGUGCCAUGUACACAGUCUUUGUGGAGGCAGAAGAAUUCAGAGGACAAAGAACACUAAAACAGCAUCGUAUGGUGAAUGAGGCAUUAAAAGAGGAAAUUCGAGAUAUGCAUGGCUUAAGGAUAACAACUGGCGUGCCAGGAGGAAAAGGCUGAAUUUGAUUAAAAACUCAAAUAGUGGAUUAAAUGACUGUGUACAUUUGUUCUUUCUUAUGAGAGAAAUCUUUAUUCCUGGUUUUAUUAAACCUGCUGGAGUGACUGUAAUAAUACAUUGAAAGUUACA